AUGACCACGCCUCAGGGGUCUAUGCAGACCUUGUACAACAUCAGGCCAGGCGAUCGUGAGCAGGUAUCCAAACUUCUCAAUGCCAUCAUCACGGCUUCUCCUGGCCGCUUAGUGCUUCUUCGAGGUCUGCCACCCGGUGUUCCCCCGAGCAUCGUCGAGGCCAGACUUUCCCGAGCCUAUGCGCUGGUCGAGCCUGCACGAUGGCGCGUACGGUGCUUCAACAAAGCAAAAGAGAGCUGGGACGGCAUCGCGGUGCACCCAGUAAUGAGGCUAUACACAGCCUACAGAGCCGCUGGCCCUAGUCAGUGGAGCAUAGGCGAAGAUUCUGACCAUGGUGUUGUCGGAAACCGGAACAACACCUGGAAUGUAGAUCAGAAUCACAUUGACUUGGAUCUAGCUAACCAAGACCCCGACGCCACCGCAACUUUUCUCAUCCGCUUGAGAACCAGCGAUGAUGCGCAGCGCCUUUGUCGCUCCUUUAAUCGGAAGACGUGGGACGAAGUCCCACGCAAGGCAAUCAGGUCCAAAGUCCGAGCUAUCCUGCGACACAGACGCGAUUUUGGUUCCGAGCUGCCGAGGUUUGAGGAGGCCGCAGAGAACGACCAUGAUUCAGCAUCGAGGCAAGGAGACGGAGGACAAGAACAUGGAGCGGAAGAAGUGACAGAGGAGACAAGCGAUGGAACGAAGAGGAUGGAGCCAAGUGAAGACCAGGACAGUUGGUCGAAAGAGUACACGCAGCUGCUAGCUCGCGAAACGGAGUCGAAGCGUAACGCUAGACAGUACCUCGUCGAAGCGCAAAUUAUGUAUUAG